UAAUUGGAUCAGUAUCGAGUUGGUGAGUUACCAGUAAGGGUCUAAGAAAACUAAGAAAAAAUGACUGCAGCAAACAUGGAAACCAAAACUCCAUCAAGCAACGACCUGAAGAAUCCAAUGAAAGAUGGAAAUGUAAAUAAAGAAGAAACUAUGGAAAUUCCUAAAGUCAUUGGAACUGAUUAUAGUUAUAAACAUACGAUUGUUUGGAAGAAUGCUAUCGGAUUCUUGAUAAUGCAUAUCCUUGCUCUUUGGGGCGUUGGUCUACUGUUCGCGGGCUAUAUGAAAUGGCAGAGCUUAGUAUGGACGUUUUUCAUCGCUUUCCUGUCUACUGAAGGAGUAACAAUCGGAGCCCACCGAUUCUACACACACAAAUCGUUUAAAGCAACUCCGUUCCUGAAAGCUAUAUUUUUACUAUGCCAAACUAUUGCUGGACAGAAUUCCAUGUUCAUCUGGUGUCGUGACCACCGUCUCCACCACCGCUACUCGGACACUGACGGCGACCCUCACAACUCCAAGCGUGGCUUCUUCUUCUGCCACAUCGGCUGGCUCAUGCAUAAGAAGCACCCCUACGUUAUCGAACUGGGCAGGAAGAUUGACAUGAGUGACUUGCAAGCUGAUUGGAUGGUGAUGUUCCAAAAGAAGUAUUACUAUCACCUAUAUUUCUUAUUGGCCUUCUUGAUACCUGUGUGGGUGCCAGUACAUUUCUUCGGUGAACCUGUAUUACAUUCCAUUUUGGUUGUCUAUUUCGCCCGCUACGUGUUACAAUUGAAUGGAACUUGGUUGGUUAACAGUGCUGCUCAUCUUUAUGGAACUAGACCUUAUGAUGCAAAACUGCAGCCAGUGGAAUCAUGGUUCGUGUCCUUUAUAAGUCUGGGCGAGGGUUGGCACAACUACCACCACGCGUUCCCCUGGGACUACAAGGCAGCUGAGCUGACCAUGCAUUUCAACCAAUCUGCUAGCAUCAUACGAUUCUUCGAGAGGAUUGGAUUGGCUUAUGAUCUAAAAACUGCUUCACCUGAACUGGUAACAAACAGGAUCAUAAGGACAGGAGACGGCAGUCACUACAAGAUGGGUACGGAAGAAGCACGCGCGGCGGUGACAGCGUGGGGUCCGCUACACCCACUCAACCCGACCUACAACACCACACUCAAGGCACCAGACGCCAUCCUCAAACCAGAAGGACUACCACUCUACCACGAAAAGGACACUCUCAAUCUCACUGUCAUACAGAAAAACUCCAGACGCGGUUGAUUACUGUCAAAAGUGUCAAAUGUCAGCUUAUGUCAAAGUAUUCGUUACUUUUUAGUCUAUGUUUUAAGCUAAAUGAUUAUUAUGUUUGUGAAUUAAUCGAUUAUUCCAUGUUAAGAUUAGGCUUACUUAAGUAGGUACCUACUGAUUAAAUAUACAAUUUCGUUUUUACAAAAUUA